AUGGGACUUCUAAGAACAAAGAGCUUAAUUUCAAACAGACAGGACUCAUUCGAGUUUCGUUAUCCGAUUGUGCUGAACUGCGGCCAUCCAAUUGUCAACAAGUUGAUCGAGUUCACGCAUAGAAAGUUAAAUCACGCACAGACAGAAAUCACAAUGAAUCGGUUACGUGAACAAUAUUCGAUUAUUAAGAGCAGAUGCACAAUCAAAUCAGUUAUUCAAAAGUGCAUCAUAUGUAAAAGAUACGACGCCAAGAAAAUCGAGACAUCGCCAGUAGCGUUACCAGAAAACCGAGUUAGAGACGCAACAACUUUCGAGAUUACAGUUUAUAGAGCCAUCCACCUGGAAUUAGUAACAUCCUUAUCUACUGAGUUGUUCCUAGAAGCCUUUCGCAGGUUUGUGGCGCGGCGAGGAAGGCCUUGUACAGUAUACACGGACAACGGGACCAACUUCACAAGAGCCAGCCGUAAUCUUCAAGAAAUCAACUGGACAAAGGUCGAGGAAUACGGCUCAGUGGAGAAAAUUCAAUCGAUUUUCAACCCUCCCUCAGCAGCUUGGUGGGGAGGAUGGUGGGAGAGACUAGUCCGUUCCGUAAAAGAAAUUCUACGGAAGGUGUUAAGACAAGCUUUUCUAAACUAUGAGGAGCUUACAACGAUUUUAUGCGACUGCGAGGCUAUUAUUAAUUCCCGCCCAAUCACAUAUAUCGCAGAAGAGCCUCACCAACUGAUUCCAUUAUCACCAGCGCUGUUUUUACAAGACACACGCAACAGCGGGAUUCCGGAUCUAGACGCAAUCGCUUCCGCUGAGAAGCUCAAUAAAAGAAUCAAGUAUCGUCAGACAUUUCGCGAACAUCUACGCCAGAGAUUCAGAAGCGAAUACUUGGGACAAUUAUCUCGCAAGAAUAAUAGACGGAGCCAAGCUUCUCAGACCAACAUCGAUGUAGGAGACGUCUUACUCAUUGGCAGCGAUCAGCUGAAACGUUUGGAUUGGCCGCUAGGGAAGGUAAUUCAGAUCUUUCCUGGACAGGACGGGAAGAUACGUGUAGCCAAGCUCCAAACAGCCUCUGGAGAAUUAGUACGCCCAGUACAGAGGCUUUACUCCCUAAAACUAUCAACAGCAGAAGCUAGCGAAGAAUCAAGACAGUUCAAAGAUCAGUACAAACAAUCUUCAAAUGCUGGCGAGCCUUCCUCAUUAUCAGAGGCAAAACGAGUCACGUCUGAAAACGGAGGAAUAUCACCCGAGAACGAGAUCACUGAACAGACUGAAAAGCGGACUCGUAGCGGACGAAGAAUAAUUACACCCGCAAAAUUAUUAGACUAA